AUGAAAUUUACCGCACUCUGCGUCUUGGUUACCUUGUUUGUUGCUUCAGCGGUCGCUGAACCCUAUUACUACUACAAGCGUGACGCAGAAGCGUCCCCUUACUACUACUACAAACGUGACGCAGAAGCGUCCCCUUACUACUACUACAAGCGUGACGCCACCCCAUACUACUACUACAAGCGUGACGCCACCCCAUACUACUACUACAAGCGUGACGCCGAAGCCACCCCAUACUACUACUACAAGCGUGACGCCGAAGCCACUCCCUACUACUACUACAAGCGUGACGCCGAAGCCACCCCAUACUACUACUACAAGCGUGAAGCUCAACCCUACUACUACUAUUAA